UAAUUAAGGGGCUUCUCGACAGCUGGGAGUGAAGCUGAGAAAAUAACCAGAUAAUAAUUUUGGAUAAAAAGGGUUUCCUCCUCUGCCACCCCAGAUCUGCGGGUUACAAGAACUAGAGCCGUUCUUGCUUGAUCUGACUAAUAUAAGUAGACGUGGAAGGGACGUAUGAAUACCUUUUCGCAUGUUCCCCCUGGUUUUCGGUUUCAUCCAACCGAUGAAGAACUUGUUCAUUAUUACCUUAGGAAGAAAGUCACCUCACGAAGGAUUGAUCUAGAUGUCAUUAAAGAUGUUGACCUCUAUAGAAUUGAGCCUUGGGAUCUUGAAGAGCUAUGCAGGAUAGGAACAGAAGAACAAAAUGAGUGGUACUUUUUUAGCCAUAAAGAUAAGAAGUAUCCAACAGGAACUCGGACAAAUAGAGCCACAUCGGCAGGAUUUUGGAAAGCGACAGGAAGAGACAAGGCAAUAUACUCUAAGCAUGAUUUAAUCGGAAUGAGGAAGACUUUAGUCUUUUACAAAGGUCGAGCCCCAAAUGGACAAAAAUCAGACUGGAUAAUGCAUGAGUACCGACUAGAAACAGAGGAAAACGGGACUCCACAGGAAGAAGGUUGGGUUGUCUGUAGGGUAUUCAAGAAAAGGAUAACAACCGUGCGUAAAGUGAGCGACCACGAAUCGUCUUGGUACGAUGAUCAAGCCUCAUAUAUGCCGGACUUGGACUCACCUAAGCAGAAUUCACAGUCCAAUAAUAUGGUGUUCCAGCAGCCACCUUAUCCAUGCAAGAAAGAGCUUGAUCAUUUGCCCUACCACAUUCAUCCCCACGAGCACUUCCUCCAGCUCCCACUUCUAGAGAGCCCAAAGUUGCUCCACCAACCAGCUGCCACUUUAAGCUCCAAUAACUGUUUGGCAGCGUUUGGAAUAGACAUAAACCAGGCCACAACUGUGCAGUCCUCAUCAAUCUCCCAAGAAGAGCAAAACUUCCAUCCGGUUUAUAGUAACAAUUGCAUUAACGAGCAAGCGGUGGAUCAAGUCACAGAUUGGAGAGUCCUUGACAAGUUUGUUGCUUCUCAACUCAGCCAAGAUCAUGAUCAUCAUCAUGUAUCCAAGGAAAACAGCUACCCAAAUGCAGCCAACAACAACAAUAUUUUUCAAGCAUCGGGCAACACGACUGCUCUACUCGUCAGACAUUUGGAAAAGCAGGAAAUGGUGCUGGAAAAGUCCUCUUUGUCAACAUCUGAUUGUCAAAUUGGGUUGUGGAAAUGACACACCUACUUAAAGUACUUGAAUGGCCGUAAUAUACAUACUGAUACUAGGAGAUUAAGUUUGAGUACGUAGGAAAAAUGAAGUAAUGAUCCCCAAUUCCUGUACAUAAUGAACUAAGACAUAUGAAUAUAUAUGUUGGUGAGCCUCUA